UGCCCGGCUGGUUCUUUGCUCCGUCCGCGCUUUCUCGCCUUCUUGUCAGUGCCCCCAUCCCUGUCCUCCUUAUCCCCCCAACCCUGGUGACGGGAGCUUGUCAUGAACGUGUUUUGAGGGGAGCAGGAAAUCCACACCCAAUUUAGGGGCGAGGUGGAGGUAGAAGAUAUGCGCAGGACCUGUGAGGCUGUGGCGGCGCAAGCGGCAGGGCAGCUCCGGGAGCAGCGGGCAUCACCUAGAGAUAUCAAAGCAGGACUACGUAGGUUCUCGCUUAGAGACAAGAUUCGUGUGAAUGGAAAGAAAGACUGACUGAGGACCUUUAUAGGAAGUGAAGACCUGAAUGGAAAGUCAUUAGUGCAAAUGGCAUUAAUGAAGUACUCUUUCAGAUGGCUUAAACAGUUUGUAAUGGGUCCUUGGUCGCUUGUAAUUGUUCUCUUUUCUAUACAACAAGUUUAUGGGGGUGGAAAGAAGUACUCUAGUCCUUGUGGAGGACGUGACUGUUCAGUCUGCCAGUGUUUUGCUGAAAAAGGAUCUCGGGGCCAACCUGGACAUCUAGGGCCUCAAGGCCCUAUUGGAGAUUUAGGACCUCCUGGGCCCAUUGGAUUGCCAGGAGAGAAAGGAAUGAAAGGGGACAGUGGACCUCCUGGACCAAUGGGAGAUAAGGGAGAUAAGGGCCCAACAGGAGUACCUGGCUUCCCAGGCUUGGAUGGCAUACCUGGCUAUCCUGGACCUCCAGGGUCAAGAGGCAAACCUGGCAUUGAUGGCUGCAAUGGUUCAAGAGGAGAUCCAGGACUUCAAGGAGAGAGAGGAGCACCAGGACGAGAAGGUCCAGCUGGUCUUCCAGGGCCAAGAGGAGAAAAGGGGAAUUCCGUGUAUAUUUCAGGUGCUAUUAAAGGCCUCCCGGGAGAUCAAGGCGAUCCAGGACCUCCGGGUUUACCUGGACCUCGAGGAGCAAAUGGAUCUGUGGGUGAAAUGGGAUUUCCAGGGAUGCCAGGUUCUCGAGGACCUCCAGGGCACCCUGGGAGGCCAGGUGAUCAGGGUAAUCCAGGUGUUGGAGUAAAAGGCCAAGUUGGAGAUCCGGGUGAAGUUGGUCUUCAAGGGUCUCCAGGACCAACCUUGCUGGUUGGGCCUCCUGGUUCAUGUCUUGUUAAGGGAGAAAAGGGCAUGAAAGGAAUGCCUGGAGUCAUUGGUCCCUCUGGACCAUAUGGAGCCAAGGGUGAACCUGGUAUUGGGGUGAAGGGUGAAAAGGGUAUUUCUGGAUUUCCAGGACCUCAGGGUGGCCCUGGUUCCCAUGGACUUCCAGGUUUUUCAGGAGUAAAGGGAGAACCUGGAGCAAUUGGUGUCUGUGGGCAGUUUGGAGUUCUUGGCAGUAAGGGAGAUCCUGGAGAGCGUGGGAAGCCAGGACCACCAGGUGUUUUGGUAACUCCACCCGUUCCAUGCAAAGGACCUCCAGGGGACCCAGGAUUCCCAGGACACUGGGGAGAAAAGGGGUCAGUGGGACUGCCUGGUCCAUCGGGACCUUCUGGCAGACCAGGGGAAGACAGAAUGGGAAUAACAGGACCUCCUGGGCCUCCAGGGUUGCCAGGUGAGCAAGGCCUUCAAGGUGAAGCUGGAAUUCCUGGAAGAGGUGAUUCUCCUGCAGGAAGACCAGGGACUCCAGGACACCCAGGAAUACCAGGAGUCCCAGGGCAGCAGGGUCAACCUGGAUCAGAUGCCAUACAUUGUAGCAUUGGCCCUCCUGGACCACAAGGAAUGAAAGGUCAAUCAGGAUCUCCAGGAAGAAGAGGUACAAAAGGAGAAAAAGGAAAUGAAGGGCUGUGUUCAUGUUGCCCAGGUCCUAUGGGUCUUCCAGGUGCUCCGGGGCCACAUGGUCUUCAGGGUAGGAAAGGAGAAGUGGGUCUACCUGGGAGAAUAGGAGAAAAAGGCGACUCAGGCUUUCCUGGUGCUCAAGGAUCCCCAGGACCUCCAGGAAUACCUGGUACCUCGGGGCUAACUGGUCCUAAAGGAGAAAAGGGUGAUAUGGUAAUAGCAAGAAUCAAAGGACGAAAAGGAGAAAAGGGGUACGAUGGGCGUCCUGGAUAUCCAGGGCAGGAAGGGGUUCCUGGUCAGAAUGGACUGUAUGGAGAAAGAGGAGAGCCAGGUCUUCCAGGCAGUCGUGGCGGAGCAAUCCCAGGUGCGGAAGGAUCCCCAGGAGCACCAGGAUCUCCUGGGAGAAUGGGACCAAUGGGGCCUCCAGGACUGGGAUUUCCUGGUCCAAAAGGGGUGAGAGGUGGGCCAGGGAGUCCUGGCCACCCUGGCGUGAGGGGAGCAGCAGGUUCCAAAGGCCAGAAAGGUGACACUUAUCCUUGUCCUUCUCCCUCUCCCGGGAGCCCUGGAGCUCCAGGUGUUCCCGGUGGUCCGGGUCCUAAGGGAUUUCCAGGGCCCCCAGGUGAAGCUGGGCUACCUGGAUUUGAUGGGCAGAAAGGUCAACGAGGCAAACCAGGAAUAUCAGAAAUACCAGGACCACCUGGUUUUCGAGGUGACCCUGGAGAGUCAGGCCCUGAAGGUGAAAAGGGGUCUGCCCCUAUUGGUCUUCCAGGCCCUCCAGGGUUACCAGGAAUCAAUGGUCAAAAAGGAAUGCCAGGGGAUUCUGUUUAUGGCCUGCCAGGGCUCCCAGGAAAUAUGGGCCUUCCAGGAUUGCCUGGGCUUAGAGGGCUCAGAGGUGAUCCAGGAUUUCCUGGCGCAACAGGGACAACUGGUAUUCCAGGAUUCCCAGGCCAGAAAGGACUUCAAGGCAGAGAAGGGAAUGUUGGGCCUCCUGGUAACCCAGGUUUACCAGGCCAUGGAUGUCGAGGCUUUCCAGGGUUGCCAGGGCAACCUGGACUCGCUGGGUCACCAGGCAUUCCAGGGUUUGAUGGCUUGAAAGGUCACCAAGGAGACAGAGGUCCACCUGGACCAGAUGGAAUGAAAGGCCUCCCAGGAAUCCCAGGACUUCCAGGCUUACCUGGACCCCCAGGACCACAAGGGGAUUCAGGCCACUGUGGAGAUAAUGGCUCACCGGGUUCCCCAGGCCCAAAAGGGGCCCAAGGCCUGCCAGGUAUCCCAGGCUUUCCAGGAGAGCGAGGAAGAAAAGGAGAAAUAGGACUUCCAGGUAGAAAGGGUGACCCAGGAGAAGAAGGUCAUUGUGGCCUUCCAGGAGAGCCAGGAGAGCCGGGCUCUAAAGGAGAAAAAGGCCAUCCAGGAGAUCAAGGGGAUAUUUCCAUAAUUCCAAGAAAGGGGGAAAAAGGUGAACAUGGGCCACCUGGUAGAUACGGAUUCCCAGGAGAAAAAGGAGAAAAAGGGGCUCCUGGAAUCCCAGGGAUAAAAGGAAUUUCAGGAAGAGAUGGGAUACCUGGUUUUCAAAGAGGAGAACCUGGCAACAAUGGUCUUCCGGGACUUCCAGGACCCCCAGGCCUCCCAGGACCUCAAGGGCCCAGAGGAAUAAUUGGUUUUCCAGGCAUUCCAGGGGACCAGGGUGAGCUGGGCUUACCAGGCUUGCCUGGCCUUCCAGGACCUCGUGGGACAAGGGGACCUAAAGGAAAUCAAGGUGAUACAGUAAGUCUUUUUGGGCCACCUGGACCAAAAGGAGAUCCAGGCAUCCCUGGAUGUCCAGGAUAUUUUGGAGAGCAAGGGGAUCCAGGUUUUCCAGGCCCUCCAGGGUCUAGUGGACCACCAGGAAGGAAAGGAUCCCCUGGAUACCCAGGACCUCCAGGAUUUCCAGGUGUUCCAGGGAUUCCUGGGCUGAAAGGGUAUCCAGGGGAAGCAGGUGACCCAGGGCCUCCAGGGGUCAGGGGAGAUCCAGGACCACCAGGGCCCAAGGGAAUGAAAGGUUCCUCAGGACAACCAGGAUUAGAUGGCUUGCCAGGACUCAAGGGUCAGAAAGGAUCAAAGGGGAGUUCAGGUUUAAACGAAGUUGGCCCACCAGGCCAAAUGGGACUGCCUGGACUAAAAGGGAAGAAGGGGGAUCCUGGAAGACCUGGAACUUCUUGUCCAGGUCUUUCUGGAGACAGAGGUCCCCCAGGUCCCCCAGGGAUGCCAGGACUGCCUGGACUACCUGGUCUUGUGGGGAAAACUCCUGAAGUUGAAAUUCUUCCCCCUGGUCCUCUGGGAGAUCAAGGUUCCCCUGGCCCCGAUGGACCAAGAGGUCCACCUGGACCACCAGGUCUUCCAUGCAGUUUUGAUAGCCUGAAAGGAGAUCCAGGUGAUCAUGGUCAAGCAGGUCCACCUGGACCACAGGGUCCACCAGGACCUCCAGGAGCCAAAGGCUUUCCAGGAUGUGAAGGAAAAGAUGGCCAGAAAGGGCUGAUGGGGUACCCUGGGCCUCCAGGUCCACCUGGAUUUCCUGGCCCACAUGGUGAUAAAGGUUUGCAAGGACCUCCUGGGAGACCUGGUCCCCCUGGUCCUCCAGGUUGCCGAGGUGAUCCUGGCCCACCUGCAGAUACUUCUUCAUGCCCCAAAAUCCCAGGACUUCCAGGAGUUCCAGGCCCAAGAGGACCAGAAGGGAAGAUGGGGCACCCAGGACAACGAGGUCCUCCAGGCUCACCAGGGCACAAAGGUGAACGUGGUGUGGAUGGCCAAAGAGGUUCAGAUGGUGGUCCUGGGCCCCCAGGACCCCCUGGACACAAAGGAGACCCAGGAGAAGAAGGCUGUGGAGGUGCACCAGGUCCCCCUGGCCCGAUUGGGGAUCCAGGACCCAAAGGUUCUGGAACUAGAUACCUUAAUGGAUUCCUACUGGUUCUCCACAGUCAGACAGACAAAGAACCCUCUUGCCCUGAGGGAAUGCCCAAGCUGUGGACUGGAUAUAGUCUGCUGUAUCUGGAAGGUCAGGAGAAAGCACAUAACCAAGACCUAGGUCUUGCCGGAUCCUGCCUUCCAAUGUUUAGCACCAUGCCAUUUGCCUAUUGCAACAUUAACCAAGUCUGCCAUUAUGCCAGAAGGAAUGACAAAUCCUAUUGGCUGUCAAGUGCUGCUCCUCUACCCAUGAUGCCCCUCUCUGAAGACGAGAUACAAGCUUACAUUAGCCGGUGCACUGUGUGUGAGGCCCCAGCUCAGGCUAUAGCUGUGCACAGUCAAGAUCAAGCAAUCCCUCCAUGUCCACCCAACUGGAGGAGCCUUUGGAUAGGGUAUUCAUUCCUAAUGCACACAGGGGCUGGGGAUCAAGGAGGAGGCCAGUCCCUCACAUCACCUGGAAGCUGCCUUGAAGAUUUCAGAGCGGCACCAUUCAUCGAGUGCCAAGGACGGCAGGGGACUUGUCAUUUUUUCGCUAAUGAAUACAGCUUCUGGCUAACCACGGUACCACCAGACUUGCUGCUCUCUUUGGCUCCUUCGCCAGACACCUUAAAACAAGGACAGGCUCAGCGCCAACAGACCAGCAGAUGCCAGGUCUGCAUGAAGUAUAGCUAAGGAGCUGCACAGCAUCACCCUGCUGGUGGUUCACACAGAGACUUCCUAGGGGGAGGAAGGGAGGUGGGUUAAAAGAUUCUAAUGGUGCUUUAUUACAGGGAUUUGAUUUUUCAAAUGAUCCUCGAUUUAAACAUGGUUAUCCUGACAGUACUGUAAGCCCCUUCUCAGUUCAGUACAAAUCAAACAACAAACUAGGAUUUGGCUGGACCUCUCCCUUUAGGUAGUGCCCAAAUAUUGUUUAUCAUCUUAUGAAGGAUGGAAGAUCUGGCUUUAUUGACCAUGAAUGCUCAUUUAUAGCAAGGCAAAGAAAUCACAAAUGGCCUGAUUGUGCAUUCUCUUAAUCAGAAGCUUCUUUCUUGGGUUCAUAAAAUCCCCAGCAAUUGAAGCUAGUUGUUUUCAUAGCACAGAAGGCCAGUGCGUGACUUUUAUAGGAAAAAAAAUGUAGCCCAACAGAGCCAGAAAAUGAAAGAUCUUUUAAAAAAAUGUACCAGGGUUUCUUCAAAUCAUCAUAGAAUUCUUCAAGCACUUUAAAAAGGUCGUGAAACCAUGAUCCAAAGACACAAAGAAACCAGACCACCAGUGUUAAUAGUUCACUUCCAAGGUGAAACUGUCAUUAGGCUAGGAUGGCUCACAGUCACUGUAUCCCAGAAACACAUCACAUUUGCAUAAAAACAUCAGAGAAACAUAAGCCAUUACCUUCUCGUUUGCAUUUUUUCCCUGAGAACAGAAAUGCCUACUCUGACAGCCCUUUUGAAAAGUAGCAAUUAUGAAAAAAAAGUAUAUUCAAUAAGGGAUUAAGCCCCUAAGAGUGCUAAUGAAUAGGAAGUUAGAGAUUCAUGAAAAUAGACCCCCUAAUCCACCAAACUUCCAAACAGGUGAUUUCCCUGCAAGCAAAAGGGGAUGGUCUGUCCUGAAGUGUAGGCAUGCUAAUGGGGAUGCCACAUACAGGAGGUGAGAUGUGAGGGGUAGAAAGUUUAAGGGCACUGUAUACAGAGCAUCUCCUCACCCUUCCUGGGAAAGACUGUCCAGUUCCUUUACAUCUUAUAAUUGAUACUUUUCUCUCCAUGUACAUUAAUGGUACCUUAUGUGAGAAAAGUGACAGAGCCAUCAUUAUGGAGAGAAAAUUAAGGGUUGGCUUAAUUAAUCUUAAAUAAGCUUAUUCACUUAGGCCGAGGUCAUGCCUCUGAAAAGACACAAAAAUAUUAAUAAAUGAAAGCCACAUUCUGCUAUCCAUUGUAGAUGUUUAUGUAUGUAUGUUAUGUUUGUAUGUUAAAUUCUCCUUUUCCAAAAUUUCUAAUUCUGAAAUGUCAUAUUUGUAUAGUAAGGCAAAGCAGCACUUUGACAUUGGACAGAUUGAUAUUUUCAUUAAAAAUUCAGAACACAUCUAUGUCUUAAUUUUUAAGUGUAGUUAUCUUUACACCAAAGGAUCCAUUCUUCAUUUCUCUGAGAAUCCAGCAUCCCAAUACUAAAAUCUUAAAAUAGUAAUGAAUUUCCAUUUCUAAAAAAAGGCCUGCCACAACAACAAAUUGUAGUCUUGAGGCUUUUGAAGAACCCAAAAGAAAGCUCAGUCUGAAAUCUAGAGGAAAACAUCCAUUGACUCAUGAGACAGUGAUACUCCCAGAGAUUGGAGUUUAGAUUAUUCCAAAGAAAAACGUACCCAUAAAAGGGAGGAGAGAAAUCCACUCUAAAGAACUAAAGAGAAAUGUAUAUAUGAUGAAACUAUAGAGAGGGAGAAAGGUCCCUACAGUUAGGAUUAGGGAUGGAUGGACUUUGAUACCCAGAAUCAAAAAUGGAAGCAUGGUAUAUGGCAUCCUUUUCUGAGGUCUUUUCUGGUUUACAGGAAAAGCUUAAAUUACAAAAUAAAAUGUUGCAGAACUUAUGUUUUCAAGUGCUUAAAAAAACAAAACCAAAGAGCAACUAAAAAAAAUUACGUGUUUUAAUGACAGUUAUGACAGUUAUGUUUGCCAUGGCUGGUCAACUAGACACAUAUUUAGAGUACCCAGAAUUCAAUGUCAAUUAAAAGAUUUGUAAUUAAUCUUUUGUCCUUAUCCCAAUGUUUUUCCCUGUACCUAGGAUAGAAUUUAAUUUCAUAACUCAUUUGCCCCUUUCCAAAUGGCAAACCUCUUAAAAGGACUUCAGAGCACUUAAAAAUGGGCUCUUUUUGGGUUCUUAUAAGUGUGGGGUAAGCAGAAAAAUAUUGGCCUGUCACAUGUGAAGUCAAACAUUUUCCCACUGGCUUUACAACAUUCUAUUUAUUUCUCCUUCAAAUACAUAAAAAUAAAGUCUUAAAUCAGUGGA